GGUUACUGUAACAUGCUACGAAAGCUGUUUUCGAGAAAGUUCGAUCAUUCAGCUCUCGUAAUGUCUCUUAAAGAGCGUACUUUCCCAAUGAGCCCCGGCACAGUUCUAAGCGUUUUCUGUUUGCUUCUUUACUUCGCUGGAUUCAUUCGAAACGAGUCUAAAUUCAAUGAGUAUGAACGAAGGUUGAAAACUGUUGAGGAAUUCAUACCUCAAGAUAAAAUGACACAAGCGAGGACGGAUUUCCCUCCCUCUGAACAAGUCAUACAAACCACCUCUGCCGAGCUUGAAAUCCAUCGACUGAAGCGUAGUAUUUCACAUCCACCCCCUUUAAAUAAGUCGGCUGAGAUGAGGAAAAUGAUAGAGGACAUCGUUUAUUCCGCUUGGAAGAUUUGCCACAACAAAGCUGGUCUGAAUGUUUGUCCUCGUGGCCGGCCGGGACCUCCAGGGAGAGCUGGACCCAAAGGUGACAAGGGAAGAAAAGGAAGAAAAGGAUCCCAGGGAAGCAUGGGACCACCGGGAAGAAGCGGAAAACAAGGAACCAUGGGACCACCGGGGAUAAGAGGACAGAAUGGAAUAAAAGGAGACAUCGGGCCACCGGGUAUCCCUGGUAUCCCAGGGACUAAAGGUGAACCUGGAGAGUCCAUCUCAACCCCAAAAGUAACAAUUUCUCCACCGAAACUAGUCGUCAACGAAAGCAAAAUAGCCUCGUUCUUAUGCUCUGCUUCGGGAAACCCUGCGGCUCAAAUGUUCUGGUCGAAGGUCAAUGGAUCUUUUCAAAGCAACAGGAUCAAAGUGACGUCAAAUGGUCUGAUGCAGAUCUCUGGUGUCCGGAUGGAAGAUGCAGGCGCCUACAAAUGCCUAACGCGAAAUAUUCUUGGAGAGGAUGAAAAAACUGCCAUUCUCGUCGUUCAGAGUAAACCUACCAUUUCACUCUCCUUCGGUCCAACGUAUGUAGAGAAGGGCAAGAACGUCACUUUACCAAAAUGUCAUGUGACAAGUUUUCCUCCGGCAAUCAUCACGUGGUCUAAAGGGCGCGGUGAACUUGCGCAUUCCAGAACAGUUGUGAAAGACGGAGAGCUGUCAAUUAUCAGUGCUCAAAAUGAAGAUUCUUAUUUGUAUGAAUGCAAAGCCUCCAAUAUUCUAGGCCAUGACUCAGCUUUGACAAAUCUUGUUGUCUGGGAUCUGCCCCGUUUUACAGUCAAUCCACCUGCAAAGCUUGAUGUAGGAAAAGACAGAAAUAUUUCAGUUCCUUGUCAGGCCGCUGGUGACCCUCAACCAAUAAUCACGUGGGUUAAAGAGAACGAUGAUUUGCCAGUCGGAAGAUCGCAAGUCAGUGUGGAUGGAACACUUCAGAUAUGGAAUAUUAAAGAUGAAGACUCGGGCAUAUAUAUCUGUACAGCCACAUCAGCACAACUGUUCAAAACGUCUUCUUCAAUGCAACUGACCCUUGGGAAAGUAUGUAAGUCAGUUGGUGUGGCGGACAGGAACAGAAUACCAGAUGCUAGAAUGACAGCGAGCAGUUUUCACAAUACAGACUAUUAUCCAUACUAUGGCCGACUCCAUGAAAACAGGAGGAGCGGAGCGUGGUGUGCAAAGACUAGCUCUGUUGGAACAGAGUAUCUUCAAGUUGAUUUGGGUACAGUGCUCGAUGUUUGUGCUUUGGCCACACAAGGAAACCAGAAAGAAGGUCAGCGAACCACCACCUACAAAGUUCACAUGUCCACAGACGGUAUAAACUGGAACACUUACAAAGAACAAAGUAUUGAAAAGGUGUUCCAAGGAAACUCAGACCACAGCAACAUCGUGAAGCAUUCACUCAGAAAUGAAUUCAAAGCCAGAUACGUUCGGUUCUAUCCUGUCACAUACUAUAGCUGGCCAUGUUUGAGGGUUGAAAUAUUUGUGCUAGAAUAAUAGGUCAAGAUCUAUUCAUCCAACAGCACUAAAACUAACAGGAAACGGUCAGUUUGAUGUAAAAAAAAGUUCAUGCACGGAGUCCACAGUAGCCGGGAAAACAAUUAAUAAAAUUCUUCCAAGCAAAUAAACUAACAAACGUUUUUUAAGUGAAUUUUCAACAGAUCAGUAAUUCAUAAUGAAUUAUAUAACGAAUAUAGUGAAUUACAUGAAAAUCUUCUUUUUUAAUUUCAUCAAUCUGUUUACGUUAAGCCACAUAUAUCCAAAGGCAAUCCAGCUGGGUCAAUAGAAAAAGUAAUUUUGGGAAGAAACGACACAAAACAGUAAAAUGAUGUAAAC